AUGUCCUCAUUCAGUGAAGCCAGCCCUGGCAACUGGAUCAUCGGUAGCUAUACCGGCGACAGUAUUGGGGUUCGCAUCACGCUGGCUACCUUUGUGGGCGUCGCGUGGUACAAUGUGAUUGAGUUGAUCGUACUCAUCUUCCUCACAUUUAAACGCUAUCAAGGCCCUUACUUUUGGAGUAUGCUGAUUUCAUCCUUUGGUAUUUUACCUUACUCGAUCGGUUAUCUGAUGAAGUUCUUCGCUUUGACCUCCGCCACCUGGCUGCCCGUCACUUUGCUCACAGUGGGUUGGUGGACCAUGGUGACCGGCCAAUCAUUCGUCUUGUACUCCCGCCUGCAUUUGGUCCUCGAAAACCUGCGCCUCCUGCGCCUGGUCAAGGGCAUGAUUAUUAUGAAUAUUUUCUUACUUCAUAUCCCGACCACCGUGCUCACCUUUGCCGCCAACUUCUCCAAUUCCCAAGCAUCGAUCGCAGGGUACGACAUAAUGGAGAAAAUCCAACUGACUGGGUUCUGCGUCCAGGAGGUCAUCAUUUCCAGCUUGUACAUGUGGGAGACCAAUCGCAUGUUGAAAAUGAAUCCUGAUCGCGGUAGUCGUAGGACCAUCCUGCAGCUGCUCGCCGUCAACGUCUCCUGUGUACUAAUGGAUAUUGCGUUGAUGGCCAUCGAAUUCAUGAACUUUUAUAUCUACCAAACUACUCUCAAGGCGACCCUUUACAGCAUCAAGCUGAAGCUGGAAAUCGCCGUUCUUGGCAAAUUGGUCAAUAUUGCCCAUCAGCAUCUUUGGCAAUCACCUGGCCUGGAGCGUGGCCGCUAUCCUUCAUUUGUCGACCCUUCCCAGAUUCCCGAUUUCAACUACAAUGACUACAAUAACCCUGAAUCAUUGCCAACGAGCCAGGGAACGAGCCAGGGCGGGUUUAAGGGGCGUUCGACUGGGCUUGAGGCAAUCGACUACGAUGAAUCAUGA